AUGUGGAAGCUGAAGAACAAAUUGAAACGAAAGUUUCGCUCCUCAAAGGUACUGGAUUGUAACAGCAACCGCAUCGAUUUCGAUGCCCUAUCGUUCGACUCCGAAACGGUGCCACCGGAAUCGGAACAAUCCGAUGCAUCGGUAGCGGGCCAUCAUCCCGGGCGGACCAUUGAACGGUUGAUAAACAGUGGUAGCAGCACACAGUCCUCUUCCGUAGCCAACUAUAGCUGUUGCUAUAACUACAAUUUGCACAUCAACUACAAUGUACACCGUCGAUUGCAUCCGCACCAUCAUCAUCAUCAUCACCAUCAUGACCCUCCAAGUGAUCACCAUUAUCAUCAUCAUCAUGAGGAUACUGAUGGGACACCGUUUGGAAGUACAAGCUGCAUGACCACCGGUACCGUAUCGGAUAGCUCGGCAGAACCAAGACGCCCAAAGAAACCGACAUCAAAGGGUAGCGCCUCGCGAAAGGUUCGCCCAAUGUCUUCCGGAGCAGUCGAGCGGCCUAGUCCCGGAUCGAGCGCUUCAUCGAGAAAAGUCUCCUCGGAACCAGAUACCAAAACCCGCACAACGCAGCCAUCCAAGAUGAAGGCAACCCGAUGCGCUUCCACAAGUGAUCUCUCAUCGUACAAAGAACACCAGGAACGUAGUAAAGAACAGGAAGCACCAGGGAAGGUGAAUCGGCGACCAGCACGACAAAGGCCACGCUCUGCAUCUCAUCGAUCGGCAAGAGUAGACCCGAACGCGACGGCAGACCACCAAAGCAAUGCAGCACUUUGUCGGAAGUUGCAAUCUGUUUCCCUUGAUCCAGUCAACGCUACGAUCGGUGGUCAGACCACCGAGCUAACCGAUCAUGAUCGACGCAUCCUGCACUGUAUGGUGCUGAAGCGGAUUAAAGAGCUCGAGCAGCUCGAUGAAGCUGUCCUAGCGCAACAGUGCUGGGAGCAGGAGAAACUCUUCCGUCGCUCGCUACUUGAUCAGCAGGAACGGAACUACCGGAGUGCGAUCCGCCAGAAGCGUUCGAUCGAACAGAUCGAGAUCCGUAACCGCCGGCAACGGUUGGCACGGCUCGAGCAGCAGCAAAUCGAGCGAAUACAGAAUGAGAUCAGCGAGAAGGACAUCCGGUCGGCAAGCCUGCUGAAGAACCUUGAAAUCCGCAAAGGUAUCCGGGAGUGUGAGCGGCGUAGCCGGGAACUGAAGCGGCUGGAGGAUGCGACGGUAACGCACGAAGAGAAGACCCUCGAUCGGGACAUCUGGCGCCAAUCAUUGGUCGAGACACUCGAGGAGCGGGCUGGAAGGGCGGAAGAGCUGCGUCGCAAAGUGCUGGAGGUGUACCGGCGUCGGCUGCAGAUCGACAAUCAGCUGGAGCGCAAGAUGCAUGCGCACAAUCUGCAGCAAACGAUCGAACAGGAACGGUACCGGAUCCGCGAGCUGGAGGAACGCAUUCUGGUGCGCGAAAGCCGGUUCCAACAGUUCAAGGCUGGCCGGAAACGGAUUUUUGAUCAGCUGAAAAAUCGUGCCCAAGCUACGGCCGCCCUGCGGGAUAUGGUGAAGGCUUCGAUCGGUCCUGGCGGUGCUAGUGCUCAUCCUAGUAGACCGGGAUCGGUCGUCCAGCGUUGUGGGUCCUCGGCACGAUCCGGUACGACCACGACGGCCGGUACUCCGCAUCGUCUGCUUGAUGUAGUGCGCAUCAACUGA